AUGGUAUCGUUGAAUACCAUACGUGACAAGGAGGCGUACUGGUACUGGAUCUUGAUUGUCAUCAUCGGAAUCACAACAGUGUGUGGGAACAUGUUGGUUAUAUACAUCAUUGCGACGAGGAGAACACUGCACGUCGCAACCAAUUGGUUCAUACUUUCUCUCUCUUUCUCCGAUUUGCUGGUUGGACUCUUAGUAAUACCAACUUACAUCAUCCACACGUUCUUUGUACAACUAAAUCUGCAUGCUCUUUUAACAUUUUAUAAUCUUAUCUUAUACGUUUCCGUUGGGAAUUUGUGUGCAAUGACAGGAGAUAGAUAUCUUGCCAUAACAAGACCGUUGACAUACGCGUCAGAAAUGACUCCUUCGAAGGUCUCGAUAUUUAUACUUAUUGCAUGGAUAGCACCCACUAGUUUGUCACUUUUAUCAUUGUCAUGGAAUACUUCGACCGAAACCAAAGACACCAUAAACAGAAUGUACAGCGGCUUGAUUGUAGUCUGUUUCGAGGUAAUCCCGUGUUUUAUGAUGAUUUUGGUCCAUAUCCAUCUGUAUCUGAUAACUCGAUAUCACAGUCGAAGAAUCGCUGCGCAGGGCAAUGUCAUGGACCGCCACCGCAGCAUCAAUUAUGUCACACGAAGGAGACAAAGGAAUCGGGAGAGAUCCAAUCUCAAGGUUUUUGCAUCAGUGGUCCUGUUGUUUGUCUUUUGUUGGGUUUUGUCAGCGUAUCGUGGAUUUUGUGAAGUUUUCAGCCUAUGUUCUGUAGGCAACGAAAUUGUUCAAAUCUCCAGAAUUCUCAUAUUUUCAAAUUCCGCUGUUAAUGUCGUCGUGUACUCACUUUUAAAAAGGGAUAUAAGGACGGAGCUAAAGCGCUUCCUUAAGUGCCGUGUAAGGCAGGAAUCACUUCAAUUUGGCCUGGUUACUUUACGAGAGUCGAUGAGACCCAGCCGCCUGCUUGAAAUUGGCGUUUAUACAUCAAUGCGCGCGCAUCAGGGGCCGGAACCUUCUUUAAAUCAAGAGCCUCUCUGUCGUAAAGUAGUCGACUGA